GUGAUAUCCACUGUCCAAUGGGGAGGUCCGUUACAGGCGCAAUGCGGGUGUCUGGAUGUAAGGAGGAAUGGCGACGGUCGAGAGGGUUUAGGAGGCCAGAGUGAAACCGAAUUUGACCAAACAGAGGCGGAUUAGAGGCUUGACUCGUUUAAAUGUCCCGCAGAAGUUUUUGUUGCAAAACCCCAAAAUGGAGAGCGGAGUGACCGCGCCCUCCCCGUCAGGCGCCGUCUCAUCCGCCUCCCCUCAGGCUCCCACCGGCCGGUCCGGCUUUGCCGUAAAGCAGCGAGAAAGCAGAAAGCCCACAGCCGCGACUCCCGCCUUUCUCUCCAACCUGGGGAAGGCGACCCUGCGGGGCAUUCGCAAAUGCCCCCAGUGUGGCAUCUACAACGGGACCCGCGGGCUAAGCUGCAAGAACCUAGCCUGCGGCGUGACCCUCAGGGAUGCGUCGGCGCGCACCAAAAGCAGCAGGAAGGACGCGGUGGAGGUGGUCAGGGUGAUCACUGACAGCGAGGAGGAGAGCUGUGGGAAGGAGCAGGAAGCGGGAGAAGGCGUGCAGGUGUUCUCAGUGUGCCACCGAGGGAGAAGAGCCACACAGUGGGGCUUCGUGGAGCUGGUCCCCACGGACACGGCCAUAGCGACCGCAGACGGAGCCACCCUGCUCACCCGCAUCAACCUAGGCCGCUGCUUCCUGCCCUCCUGCAGGCAGGGCGAGAGGCCCAGCAAGCCCGAUCCAGCGUCCGCCGAGCCCAGCCUCUGCAUCCACAUCAAGCAGGCCAUCGACUGCCGGAGCCGCGCCACGCCGCUCACCUUCAAGAGCUCCGUCCUGGAGGCCUUGCAGGCUUCCCUCCAUGCCAGGGAGCAGCUGUGGAGGCUGGCCACAGAGUCCCCCGGGCCUCUGGUGCAGCGGGUUUCUAAAGACACCCUGGUGGUGAAGUGCCACACGGACUCGCAGCACCCACUGGGCCUGCUUCACCUGACCGUGGCUAAGGUGGACUCCCCAAAGAGCGACAGGAGCGCCGUCUUCCACUGUAGCUGCCAGGUCAGCGCGGGGAGAAUCAAACCUGCCGCAUCGGUGGGCUCGCUCCCACCUCCGAGCGCGGCAGCUUCCCAGCCCUGCCUGCACUUCUACGCCUGCGUGUGUGCCUUCUCGAGCAACGAAAAGCUGGCCGCAGAGUUUGCAGCUUUCAUCAGCCACACCUCAAGCGGCGUGCAGCAGAACGCUGCCAGUGGGAAACCUCUGCAGCAGACGGCCGAAGCCAACAACUCGCAGCAUAAAGUGAAGAAGCAGCGUUUGGAUGAAGCUGCCUCUGUGGCCCCUCCCUGUGCGGCGGCGGCGGCGGCGGGGAAAGAAGGAGUGCCGGCCUCUGGCCCGAGGAAAGCCGGUCAGAGGAAAGCGGCUGGUGCUGGUGGGCUGAAGGCUGCAGGCAGUGCUCAGGUUGUGGAUGAGCGCACUGUGACCAUGGGCUUCCAGGCGUGGCUAGCCAGCGUGACGGAGAGGAUCCAUCAGACAAUGCACUACCAGUUCGAUGGAAAACCCCAGCCGUUGGUCUACCACAUCCCCCAGGAGUUCUUCAACGUCCUGCAGCAGCGUCUGUCGCUGGGGUCGAAGAAGAGACGGCUGCCUAACCUCACAACAGCAUUUGUGAGGAACGAUGGACUUCCCCUGGGCUCGUUCUCCAAGUACACCUGGCACAUCACCAAUCUGCUGCACGUCAAACACAUUUUCGACACUACACAGCUGCCGUUGGAGGUCACUCAGAGUUUUGUGAAGAAUCUGGACGGCUCCUACUCCCGCUUUCACCCCCCCGAGCCGACAUCUGAUCCAGAAUCAUUAGCCGGAUACAGGAUGGACCGUCAACAGGCCAUACGACCGAUGGAGCACCGCACUUUCCUCAAAGUCGGACCAAGCUCUGGGGAUCAGAAGGAGUCCAGUCCCUUCGUGAUCGAGUGGAUUCCUGACGCCCUGCCCCGCUGCCAGAUGGGAGAGCUCAGGAUCAGCUUUGAGUUCGGCCACCAGCAGAGCGGCCAAUCAGAGAGCCAGGAGAGAGCGGGCGGGGCGGAGAAGAAAGGUCGCCGAAAGUCCGACUGUUCUCAGAGCAAAGUCUCAUAGGCUGCUGAGAUUCUUCUUGUGGUUGUUCCUGCCACUGAAACUGUAAUAGUCAUGUACUGAAAAAUGCAACAUGGGAGCUGCACACGAAUCCCUGUUUCUCUUUAAUUAUAUGCAAAGUGUGGAGAAUGAACUGCCAAGCAGUGGUUGAAGCUCUGUGUCCCAGGGCAGUAGUCCGGGGUUGAUAAGUACUUUUCUCACAAUUGCAGAAUGCCUUUCUAAGGGGAAAAAAAGGUACAAAAUCUAAAGUUUAUUUAUUUAUUUUUUUGCCUUAAAUGUCAAAACAUUCAAAUAUUUAGAUUUUAAAACUUUUUCCACUUGGUAAACUUGGCUCCUUCAGAUUUACGACCCACUCUUCCACCAGUGAUUUGAACUAUUUUAGUCAGUCCUGUCUGUUGUCACACGGAGAACGUAACCAGAACUUACCGGGAGUUCCAGCAGCUCCUCCAGGUCUGCUGUUGGGCUCAGGUGAGCCUGCCUGGCCAGGUUUCAUUUUGGAGACUCUUCCAGGUUUUGUAACGCAGACGCCGAGCCAUAAUGCUGUAGCGCUGUGGAUCUGUUUAUCCACGUGUGGGGAAAAAGAAUAAAUGUGCACACUAGCUCAAAAGCUGCAUUAAGGGAAGUAUUUAACUCAUGGGUGUGAAAACUGAGGAGACCAAGUUUUUUUUUUAUUCUACAGAUUUGUUUGUAUUUCAGUUUAAUAGUCAGAAUCUGUCAAAUCAUAGGUGGAAAAAGUUUUGAAAUGAUUUAACAUUGUCUCAUUUGGUACAUCAUGGUGACACAUUUGAGAUCUCUCUAUGUUAGCAGGUAAAACAAAAUAUUUAAUUUCACUGCUCUGGUUUAUACUCAGUUAAACUGAUUAAACUAAGCAAAGCAAUUUAAAAGGAUUAAUGUAUUUUUUUCUAGCAAAAUAAAUAAUUUAUUUCAAAA